AGUCAUAGGGGGAGGGGCUGGUUCCUGAUCAGAUUAUUUAUAGGAGAUUCAACUGCAAGGAGCUCUGAGUACGAGGAUGAGGUUGUUGUGUGAAGACUGCUGGCUUAUGGGAUGGAAUACUCUGGUCGUCUUAGAUGUUGUGUUUAAGUUCGAAGAGUGAAUCAUUCGUCGAUCCAUUCAUCAUCAGGUCUUCCGAUUCGAUUUUCAUCUUGUCAGGAGCUCUUAGAGCUGGCACUGUCUCUGUCUCAGCAGAAGAGUGGCAGGCACCAAUCGCAAGGAAGAAGAAAUUUCGCAGGAGUCGACAGGCUAUCGAGAGAAAUUCGCUUUGAAGCGUGUUUCUGGCAUUUGUGGUAGCAGAAGAGUUUCUUUUCUCAAAAGAGUGACAAGAGCUGUUCGUCGUGAAUCUGGCCAAAGACCGAUUACCCUUUGUGUGAUCGGAAGAAUCUCAAAUUCUUCGGAGAUGUGGCUCAGGAAGGUGCCCAUAGAGAGACGGAUGAUGACAGUUUUCAGGAAGCUCAAAACAGACUUUCGUUCUUGCCAGUGCUAUGCCAUUCAGAAAGCUUCUGACAAGGGCCUUGAGGUUGUCGGUGUGUUCAACUUCGAGUACAUCAAAGUGCGUCCACCUUCUUCCAAGUUAUCUGCAAUGUUGACGAAAGUCAACAUCCACACGAAAUACUUGGGAGGUCCUGGAGACGUAGGUUGAUGAUCCUUCGGCGAGGCCACUCGAAUGAAACUAGGCUCCCUUUCAACAGUCCAAGAAGCUCCCUCUGUCGCAAGCCAGUGGAAGGAAUUCAUGAUCGAAAGAUCGCUGAUAACAUUCUGAUAGUGUAGCAGCUACAAUCUCAGUACUUGAACAGUUACCAUCACUCUGUAUAGAGCAUAUGUAUCAAUGAACAUUGCCAAGGCACUGUGUGAAACGGUUUGAAAUAUUCGCAUGUUCUGACAGAUUUUC